ACUUUCUCCUUCCUACAGAGUGAAAACCCUAGUUUCUCCACAUUCACUCGCCCCAAAAUGGCCGCCGCCGCUCGCCCUUUGGUCGCCGUUCAAGUUCUCGAAGGCGACAUGGCCACCGAUUCUUCUCCGACGGUGCCACUUCCCGAUGUCAUGAAAGCUUCUAUCCGUCCUGACAUCGUCAGCUUCGUCCACUCCAACAUUUCAAAGAACAGUCGCCAACCCUAUGCCGUAAGCAAGCGCGCAGGUCAUCAAACUUCCGCCGAGUCAUGGGGUACUGGACGAGCUGUUUCUCGUAUCCCUCGUGUUCCUGGUGGCGGUACUCACCGUGCUGGUCAAGGAGCUUUCGGAAACAUGUGUCGUGGAGGUCGUAUGUUUGCUCCGACGAAGAUCUGGCGCCGAUGGCACCGAAAGAUCAACGUGAAUCAGAAGAGGUACGCUGUUGUUUCUGCCAUUGCUGCUUCUGCCAUUCCUUCUUUGGUUUUGGCUCGUGGCCACCGGAUCGAGUCUGUUCCGGAAUUGCCGCUUGUGAUUAGCGACUCCGCCGAGGGAAUCGAGAAAACUUCUUCCGCGAUUAAGGUGUUGAAGCAGGUUGGUGCUUUGCCUGAUGCUGAGAAAGCGAAGGACAGUCAUGCCAUUCGUACUGGAAAGGGUAAGAUGAGGAACCGUCGUUACAUUUCACGAAAGGGUCCGUUGAUUGUUUAUGGUACUGAAGGUGCCAAGCUUGUCAAGGCCUUCCGUAACAUUCCGGGUAUCGAUAUUGUGAAUGUUGAGAGGUUGAAUCUUUUGAAGUUGGCUCCUGGAGGUCAUCUUGGAAGAUUUGUUAUCUGGACCAAAACUGCUUUUGAGAAGCUUGAUUCAAUUUAUGGGUCGUUUGAGAAGUCUUCUGAGAAGAAGAAGGGUUACGUUCUUCCAAGGUCGAAAAUGGUCAAUGCUGAUUUGGCUAGGAUCAUCAAUUCCGACGAGGUUCAAUCUGUUGUUAAACCCAUCAAGAAGGGUGUGAAGAGACCUUCAUUGAAGAAGAACCCCCUCAAGAACCUUAACGCUAUGUUGAAGCUUAACCCAUAUGCUAAGACUGCAAGGAGAAUGUCUUUAUUGGCUGAGGCACAGCGCGUUAAAGCUAAGAAGGAAAAGCUCGACAAGAAGAGGGGCAUUAUCCCGAAGGAGGACGCUGCAGCAGUAAAGGCAGCAGGCAAAGCAUGGUACCAGACAAUGAUUUCAGAUAGCGAUUACACCGAGUUUGAUAACUUCUCCAAGUGGCUUGGUGUCUCACAGUGAUUUCCUUUCUCUUUGAUAUUUUCAUAGACCUUAGUUUGUUAAUUAAAUUUUGUAUGCUGUUGUUGCUCCUUUUCUUGUUUUGUGUCAUGGAGGAAAUUAGGUUGAGGAAUAGUCAAUAUUAUACUGAUUGGGAUCAUGAGCUUGAGCUUGAGCGUUUCCUCGUUUCUUGCCUCCUUUCUUGUCUUGGUGGUGGAAGAGUAUUUACUUUUGGAAAUGAAAUUGAACAUCUCAAGAGCUUUAGGAAAAUCAGUUUAGUUUUUUUAUAUCAGUAAUUUGCACUGAGGUUUACACUUUCAAUAUUAUAUUUGAAUUUUGAACCCA